AUGGCUCCAGGUCAGCCAGCUCUGGGAUACCGGAGUCAGGGAGGGGGCGACAGGACAGGGCCAGCACACUGGGGCAGCCCUCUGACAACCCUUGCCUGUAGCUCGGGUCCUGGAGCUGCUGCUGUGGCCCGUGAGCUGCUGCUGGCUGCACUGGAGGACCUCAGCCAGGAGCAGCUGAAGCGCUUCCGCCACAAGCUACGGGAUGCCCCGGCUAACCAACGCAGCAUCCCGUGGGGGCGAUUGGAGCAUGCGGACGCCGUCGACCUCGCUGAGCAUCUGACCCACUUCUACGGGCCGGAGCCGGCUCUCGACGUGGCUCGAAAGACCCUGAAGCGGGCAGACGUGCGCGAUGUGGCAGCGCGGCUCAAAGAGCAGAGACUGCAGAGUGAGCUGCGGGUGGGAGGUCGCCGGGUCCCCGCCCCAUCACCACCUCCUGUCCGGGUAGUCCAGCCCCGCUCCCUUCCUGCCUCCCUGGAAAAUCCCCAGAGCAAUCCGGGUUUCGGCCUCUUUAUCCCAAAUUCUCGGGCCCCACGGCUCGGACCCUGGGAGUUCCUGACCCAGACUUUCCACUGCGCCCCGCCAUUCAGUGGGUCCUCAAUGCCGGUUGUCUUUCCAGGGCUGGGCCGCAGCUCCUCAGCGCUGCUCUCCGUGUCUGAGUACAAAAAGCGAUACCGAGAGCACGUGCUCCGGGAGCAUGCCAAGGUGAAGGAGAGGAACGCCCGAUCGGUGAAGAUCAGCAAGCGCUUCACCAAGCUGCUCAUCGCGCCGGAGAGCGCGGCCGCGGAGCAGGUGCUGGGGUUGGCUGAGGCUGCGGAGCGCGAGCGUGCCCGGCGCUCCGACACACACACCUUCAAUCGGCUGUUCCGCCGCGACCGGGAAGGCCAACGGCCGCUGACCGUGGUGUUGCAGGGCCCAGCGGGCAUUGGCAAGACCAUGGCGGCCAAGAAAAUCCUGUAUGACUGGGCGGCGGGCAAGCUCUACCAGGGCCAGGUGGACUUCGCCUUCUUCUUGCCAUGCGGCGAGCUGCUGGAGCGGCCCGGCGCGCGCAGCCUGGCAGACCUGAUCCUGGAUCAAUGCCCGGACCGCGGUGCUCCCAUGCAACUGAUUCUGGGGCAGCCGCAGCGGCUCCUCUUCAUCCUGGACGGCGCGGACGAGCUUUCACUUUUGGACCCCCGUGAGGCCAGGCCCUGCACAGACCCCUUCGAGGCUACGAGUGGCGAGCGGGUGCUGGGAGGGCUGCUGAACAAGGCGCUGCUGCCCUCCGCCCGCCUCCUGGUGACCAGGCGUGCCGCCGCCCCGAGGAGACUGCAGGGCUGCCUGUGCUCGCCCCAAUGCGCCGAGGUUUGCGGUUUCUCCGACAAGGACAAGAAGAAGUAUUUCUACAAGUUCUUCCAGGACGAAUGGAGGGCCGAGCGCGCCUACCGCUUCGUGAAAGAGAACGAGACCUUGUUCGCGCUGUGCUUCGUGCCCUUUGUGUGCUGGAUCGUAUGCACCGUGCUGCGCCAGCAGCUGGAGCUCUGCCAGGACCUGUCGCGCACCUCUAAGACCACCACGUCAGUGUACCUGUUUUACAUUGCCAGCGAGCUGAACUCGGCUCUCACUGUCAAUGGGCCCCAGGUGCGGGAACAGCUGCUGAAGCUGUGCCGCCUGGCCCGCGAGGGCGUCCUAGGACGUCGGGCUCAAUUCGUCGAAAAGGACCUGGAGCGACUCCAGCUUCGCGGCUCCAAAGUCCAGAGACUGUUUCUUAUCGAGAAAGAGCUGCCGGGCGUGCUGGAGACCGAGGUCACCUACCAGUUCAUGGACCAGAGCUUCCAAGAGUUCUUCGCUGCUCUGUCCUACCUGCUGGAGGAGGAGGAGUCUCCCAGGGCAGCGGCUGACGGCGUUGGGACGCUCCUGCGCGGGGACCCGCAGCUGCGCCGCCACCUGGUGCUCACCAGGCGCUUCCUCUUCGGACUCCUGAGCGCGGAGCGAAUGGGUGACAUUGAGCGCCACUUUGGCUGUGCGGUUUCAGAGCGAGUGAAGCAGGAAGCCCUGCAGUGGGUGCAGGGUCAGGGCUGCCCGCCGGCGGCACUAGAAGAGACCCUAGGGCUCCAGGAUGUGGAAGAGCCAGAGGAGGAGGAGGGAGAGGAGCUCAGCUACCCGCUGGAGCUGCUGUACUGUCUGUAUGAGACCCAGGAGGACACUUUCGUGCGCCAGGCCCUGAGUGGCUUCCGGGAGCUGGUGCUGGAGCGCGUGCGCUUCAGCCGCAUGGACAUCGCUGUUCUGAGCUACUGCGUGAGGUGUUGCCCCACUGGACAGGCACUUCGGCUGGUCAGCUGCAGCCUGGCCGCCGCACAGGAGAAGAAAAAGAAGAGCCUGGUGAAGCGGCUGCAGGGCAGCUUGGGCGGCAGCAGCAGUUCUCGAACUACCAUGAAACAACUCCCAGCCUCCCCACUGUGUCCACUCUUCGAGGCCAUGACUGACCAACAGUGCGGGCUGAGCAGCCUCACGCUGUCCCAUUGCAAACUUUCGGAUGCAGUCUGCAGAGACCUCUCUGAGGCCCUAAGGGCUGCCCCUGCCCUGACAGAGCUGGGUCUCCGCCACAGCCGGCUCAGUGAGGCUGCCCUGCGUUUGCUGAGCGAGGGCCUUGCCUGGCCCCAGUGCCAGGUCCAGACACUUAGGCUGCAGGUGCCUGGCCUCCAGGGAGCCUUCCAGUACCUAGUAGGCAUGCUUCAGCAGAGCCCCGCCCUGACCACCCUGGACCUCAGUGGCUGUCAGCUGCCUGACUCCAUGGUGACCUACCUGUGUGCAGUCUUGCAGCACCCAGGAUGCAAACUGCAGACCCUCAGCCUGGCCUCCAUGGAGCUGAACGAGGGGUGCAUGCAAGAGCUUCGGGCUGUGAAGACAGCAAAGCCAGAUCUGGUUAUCAUACACCCAGCACUGGACAGCCACUCUGCACCUCCCACAGGAUUCAGCAGUGCCCUCUGAGGCCCUGAAAGCCAGAGCAGGAUGGAGAACUCUAUAGUCAGAGCCUGCUGCAAAGGAGACCUCCCCAUUCCAAGGGCUACCAGAUGUUGGUCAGCCUCUGGGCAAUUCUUUUGAGACCCUGGAUAGGCCAGUGAGCAGGCCAGACAGACCCAGCCUCCAGCCCAAUCCAGGCCUUAGAACUGUCCUCUCUCCAUACCCUGGGGGACUCCUCCAAUCUCACUCCCCCUCCACCUACUUUCCUUCCUGGGGCCCUCUAGCCAUGCCCCUCACGAUGCCCCCCCCCCAGUAACAAUAGCACUGGUUCGAGCUUCAACUAACUGAGCGCCUACUAUGUGCAGAGUGACCCCUUCCUGACUGGGCCCCAUCUGCAACAUGGGCCCCACUAGUCUCUGCAACUCUGCCCUCACAGACCCCAUAGGUCACUGUGUCUCCCUGUAAAUUUGGGUCUUAGCAUUAGGAGUGAGACUCACUGAGGCCAUGUGGGUGAACCCAGAGGUAUCUACUCACUGUCUAAGGCCUUUGGGAAGAGAGUUCAGAGGAGAGUGGGAUAGAACUGGUGAACCUGACUCCAGGUGAAAGCCAUGGUGGGUGGGCAGCUUCUCUGCACCAAUAAUAAACUCUCCUUUGGACUCAUUUC